CUACCCUUUGGCCAGCGAUGACGCCACUUCCUGGCCGGCCCCAGAUCCUCUAGGCAGAAGUAGACGUCCGUGUCACCCCCACGUCGUGGAAAUGGUAAUUUCAGAAACUAUGGAUAUACUCUUCAGAAUAAGAGGAGGCCUUGAUCUGGCUUUCCAGCUACCAACUGCUAAUGAAAUUUUUAUCAAGAAGGCGUUAAAACGUGUAUUGAGUGACCUGUCRAAAAAGCUUUCUUCAAAUGCACUUGUAUUCAGAAUUUGCCAUAGUUCAGUGUAUGUAUGGCCUAAUAGUGACAUAAACACCAUUCCAGGAGAACUGACUGAUAGCUCUGCUUGUAAGAACAUAAUGCGCUUUAUUAAAUCUGAGCAGGAAGAAGAUACAAAACGAAAAUUCAUGAGAAAGAAAGACAAAAAAUUAUCAGAUAUGCAUCAAAUAGUAAACAUAGAUCUUAUGCUGGAAAUGUCAACCUCUCUGGCCGCUGUAACCCCCAUCAUUGAAAGGGAAAGUGGAGGACAUCACUAUGUGAAUAUGACCUUGCCAGUCGAUGCAGUUCUGUCUGUUUCUCCAGAAGAAACAUGGGGAAAAGUUCGUAAACUUCUAGUGGAUACAAUUCAUAAUCAACUAACUGAUAUGGAAAAAUGCAUUUUGAGAUAUAUGAAAGAAACAUCUAUCGUGGUACCUGAACCAUUGCACUUUUUAUUACCAGGAGAAAAAGGUCUCGUAACAAUUUCAUAUCCAUCAGGAAUUCCAGAUGGCCAGCUGCAGGCCUAUAGAAAGGAGUUACAUGAUCUCUUCAAUUUGCCAUGUGACAGACCUUAUUUCAAAAGGUCUAAUGCUUAUCACUUUCCAGAUGAGCCAUACAAAGAUGGUUACAUUAGAAAUCCACAUACUUAUCUUAAUCCACCUAACAUAGAAGCCCAUAUGAUUUAUGUGGUCCAGGGCAUAUAUGGUUAUCACCAUUAUAUGCAGGAUCGGAUAGAUGACAAUGGCUGGGGCUGUGCCUACCGAUCGCUGCAGACUAUCUGCUCUUGGUUCAGACAUCAGGGWUACACAGAGAGAGCCAUUCCAACACACAGGGAAAUUCAGCAGGCUCUAGUUGAUGCCGGUGACAAACCAGCAACAUUUGUCGGAUCACGGCAAUGGAUUGGAUCUAUUGAGGUACAGCUGGUACUAAACCAAUUGAUUGGUAUAACUUCAAAAAUAUUGUUUGUCAGCCAAGGCUCAGAAAUGGCUUCACGAGGACGGGAACUGGCUAAUCAUUUCCAGAGUGAAGGCACUCCAGUAAUGAUUGGAGGAGGAGUCUUAGCCCACACAAUACUAGGAGUUGCAUGGAAUGAGACGACAGGGCAGAUAAAAUUUCUGAUUCUAGAUCCACAUUAUACAGGCGCUGAAGAUCUGCAAGUUAUUCUGGAAAAGGGCUGGUGUGGAUGGAAGGGCCCAGACUUUUGGAACAAGGAAGCUUACUAUAACUUAUGUCUUCCUCAGCGACCAAAUACUAUUUAAAUUAUCUUGGACUCAAAGACUAUAGUAAAAUGGUAUUAUAAACUUGUUAAUAAAAAAUUUUAAUUUCAAAGUAAAUCCUGAGUGUAGUUUGAUAUUGAACUAUUACCUUUUGCAAACAUAAUAACUAUUGCACAGUUUAUUCUUUAGACAUUCCUUUAAUAACAUAAAAAGACAACAUGCACAACCAAAAUAUUACAGGCAUGUAAAUACAUGUAUUCUUAAAUAUUCUCUUCACUUGGAAGAAAGUUUUCCUCCUUCUCAGRAGUUUAGACACAUACAGUAUGCCAAAAGCCAUCACUUGUACAUCUGCAUGGAUGAAUCCCUUCUUCAUGUGGCUUCAUAACCAACAUGACAUCUGUUUUCAAAAAAUAUGUUAGCAUUAAAAACAUUUUUAAAAAAAUGUUUUCUCCCCAAAUUUCCACUAUGCAGAAUAAAUGUUAGUCUCUAGAAUCUAGUAGUAGUAGUAGUAAACUAUAAUCAGUAUUAAAAUAUUAAUGAAGAGAUAAUCCUAGAAAUAAGAAUAUCAAUAUUUAAGUGAAACAAUAAAUUCUAUGCUAGAAAAGAGAAUCUUGAGUAAGAAAGGAAGAAUCAGCUAUAAGUGACUUACCAGCACCUCCUUUUCCCAUUUGUAUUUUCUGUACUUCCAAAACUUCGUUUCUGUCUGAACUUUGGAACACAGUGAUCCCCGUCAGAUUGUUCAUUUGAUUUUAUUGUCUGCAUACAUUUAAUUGUUGUAAGAAACUUAGCACAUUCCGGAAAUCCACAUGACCAAGCAAGAUCUUCAGCUGUUUGCCCAUUCUUAUUACAUAAACUGAAAUUAGACAAAAAUUGAAUUAAAU